AUGGCUCAGCCUAGUGUUUCCGACGAGCCAAUGGACACUUCCGCGCCCCAACCCAUUCAGAACGUAAGAAAAAAAGCCAAAAAUCAAAAAACCCCUAGAAAGCUUCAGGUAAAAUCGUACGGCGUGGCACAAGUGAUCGAGGCACACACGACGGACGCAAAAGCGCUGGCGCUCACCUCCACCGGCACUCUGAUAUCGGGCGGACGCGACGAGACGGUCAAAUGGUGGGGAAAACGCGGCGGAAAGUACACGUCGGUGAUGACGUACACGCAGCCGAAGACCCUUGUGGUCAACUCGCUCGCCUACGCGGAACUCGACGAUGGAUGGAGGUAACAUUCACGGAAAAUCGAAAAUUUUAAGUGAACAUGCGGAUUUUUAGACUUUUCGUCGGUCGAAAGGACGGAUCUAUCGCUGUGUACGCGUCUGGCGAGCAGGAUCCGGUGCAAGUGUUUAGCGAGCACGCACAGAAUGGUAUUUGAGCAUUUGUUGCUAUAAAAAUCUUAAAAUGUUUCAGUUUGCUGCCUUCACGUGAACGAAAAAGCGACGCACAUGCUUAGCGGCUCGUGGGAUACGAACGUGAUAAUUUGGCCGAUUUCCGACCUCAACAAACCCGAAUUCACGGUGAGAAUACAAAAAAUGCGGAAUUUCUCUCAAAAUCAUAUAAAAAUUCUGAAUUUCCUAAUUUUUAACAGAAAGCAGUACUUCUUCUCUCAAAAUCCUCAAAACCCUAUUUUUUCAGGCUCUUCGCUGUACGGGCCACACGCUGUCCGUGUGGGCGCUCGCCUCGUUCCCCGAAGUGCCCGAUCAAUACCUGUCUGCGUCGGCCGACAAGGCGAUCCGUCUCUGGCACCGCGACGCGACAAUCGCCAUGUUCACGGGCCACACGGACGUUGUGCGCGCCCUGGCCGUCCUUUCGAGCCAGCAAUUCCUGUCGGCCGGAAACGACGGACAAAUCAUCCAGUGGGACGUCGCGUCGGCCACGGUCAUCGGGAAAUUCGCGACGAUGGCGCACGACUUUAUCUACUCGAUGACACUCUGCGACAGCCACAUUCUGACCACCGGCGAGCAUGGAACCCUCGAGUUUUGGACCAUGGACGCAUCAUCUGACGGAAAGAUCCGAAUUGCGUCGGAAUCGGUGCUGGAACUGCCGUGCGGGACGUCGUGGGAUGUGGCCGUGUUUCCGAAUUCGGAUAUUGCCGUCGCCGGAUCCAACGGACACGUCUACAUUCUCACGAACGAUGCGCAACGACAAGCGUCGCAGGAUAUUAAGGAGGCGUUCGACGCGGAAGUCGUCGCGAAAAUCGAGAACCGUCUGGCGCAGGAGCACAAGGAAUCCGAUGAUAUUGUGUCGAUAAAGGUGGAUGUGGACGAUCGACCGACCCAGCUGAACCUCCGCUACCGAAAAGGAACCGAUCCAGGAUUGUGCGCGAUGGAUUUCAUUCAGGAGAACCAGCUGCCGAGCCAUCAUCUCGAGGAGAUCACAAGAUUCAUCAAGGAGCGCAUCCCAGAGGCACGCGCCUACGACGCCAGAACCGGCCGGAAAGUGCGCGUCGACGGCGAAGAGUACGAUUUCGCGCUAGAAGUGAGCCUCGGCGUCGGACACCAGGACAUGAAGAUGCCGUUCAAUUUGAAUGAGAGUCCGCAAGCGGCCGCGCAGAGAUUUGUCGAGCGACGCGGACUGCCCAUCUCGGCGAUUCCGGCGCUUUCCGCGAUGAUCUCGGCGGAGAUGGACAAACUGAGCAGGGGGGCCAGCGCCGCGCAGUCUGGAUACCAGGACCCCUUCACCGGCGGCGGACGAUAUGUGCCCGGGGGAUCGUCGGGCACUUCGGGAGCCUCUGAGGAUCCGUUCACGGGAGAAGGACGAUACGUGCCGGGCAACUCGACGUCUUCGGGCGGACAGUACAUGGGCGACCCGCUCACCGGAUCCGGAGGAUAUCGGACCGGGGACGCGGAUGGGAGCAGACACGCCGUUCCGUUGUCCUCGUUGCCGGUGGACAAGCGGAGACCGAGAGGACCACUCGUGCCAGUACCCGACUAUUAUUUGGUACGGCGUUUUUGCGUUUUAGAGCAAUUUUCAAAUUCUUGGAGCACUGAAAAGCUGUGUUCUGUUGAAGUUUGAUUUCUUGUGUCCUUUUUCAUACUUUUCAAUAAGUUGUAGAGUUAUUUGUCGCUUUAAAUUCCAGUGUUCCGUUCAUAGGUUUUGGCGUAUCUCAAACAUCCCGCACCUAUGGUUCCGUUCAAAAAUUUACAAUUCUACGAAAAAUCCGGUCGUUUUUGUACUUUUUCAGACAUUUUGAAGCUCUUGCACUCAUAUUCCUUUCUUGCAGAUCGGUCUGUCCGGAAAAGGCGAGAAGGCGGUGGCAAAGUUGCGCGAACUCAACGAGCAGCAGGACGCGUUCCAACUGAAUCCGGACCAGCUGAACUGUCUGGAAGAGUUGUUCGUGCUGCCGAGCAACUCGAACUACUCUUCGGAACUCGCACAGUCUGCCUUCGAUCUGGCCCUCCAGUGGCAAGUUGACCAGCUAGUUCCCGUCCUCGAUUUCCUGCGAAUCGCCCUCAUUCAUCAGUCGCUCAACGACUAUUUCUGCUCGAGAAAACGGGGAGCCGAUCUCAUCGGACGAUUCAUCGCCAUCCUCAUCUCGGACGGCGACAUCGCCGUCAAAGUUAUGGUUUGCAGGUUAGACAUUGCCAGCAUUGACAAGUUUUUGUCAAGUUUUCGUAAAUAUUGAGCCAAUUUGGCAACUGCCGCUUGUAAAUAUUCAUUUUCGCCGGUUUUUAGUGAAAAUCUGGAAAUUCGAGAGAGUUCUUUUGUUGAUAAGUUCCGUUCAUUAUCCCACCCAAACCUUUCUAUUUUCAACAGAUGCAUCGCGAACGCGUUCGCCCAUCCGUCGGGCCGUGAUCUGUUCGCCUCGACAGAACUGUCGACACUUGCGCCGCUGGUCGUCCGCGAGAUUCUGAGUUCGAAGACGCACUUGCAGAUCUCCGCCGCGACAGCCCUCGCCAACUGGUCCCUCGCUCUGUUGAAGCAGUCGGAAGAGUGCGCGCAAUUGGGACCAAGGGAGGACCUCCUCAGAGCCAUCAUUACGGUAGGUUUCUCUGAUUUUUCAGAGUUCAGAGCUUCUAGAUUUUUUUUGAGCUCAGUUUCGAGGUCUUUCCGGCUUGAAUUGAAAAUUUCGGAGCUUUUAAGUGCAAUUCCAGUUUUCCCUACUGAACACCUUUUCUCCUACGCUUCCUGCAGUUUUCAGCUCAUUUUCAUAUAACUCCGAGUCCUUAAGCCUGUGCACUACUAAUUUUCAUUGCAGGGCAUCGAGACGGUGAACUCGUUCGGCGAUUUGUGCGAAGAAGCGAUCACACGCCUUCUGCAGUCGAUCGUCACUGUCAUGUGGGGAGAUCAGUCGGUUAUUCAGGUAAACAAUGAAUCGUUUCAUUUUCAACGAACAACCUUAUGGAAUCCGUUCAAUUUUUGAUACAAAUCAAUGAUUUUUACGUGAUCAUCUUAAAAAUGAUCAAACUUGUCCAUUUUCAGCUUGCCAAAAACCGUCAACUGGCUACAAUUGCGGCACGUUUAAAAGAUGCGGUGCCGAACGAAACGGGAAAAGGAAUCGCCCGCGACAUUAUCGAAAUGGUGUAUUCGGUGUGAAGCCGCGCCCCAUUUUUUUUACGGUUUUUCUAAUUAUUUAAUGUAUAAUUGGACUUUGUGUUUAAUUAAAAAGAAAGAUUUCUUGAGCCGCUAAUUUAUUCUUUAUUUUUGUGUAAAAAUUGUCUUUUAUUUACCCGCAAAUUUUUCUCGUCUUCUAUUUUUGUCCCUCCCCCCGCCGACUCGAGUGUAGUCGCUUAUCAAGAGAAACUUGAUAAAAAAUUAAGAUCUAUUGAUUUUAGGACUUUUUUUGUUGUAAAAGCGGACGAGCAACCUCCCACAUUUUUGCCUUCUUUCUGUUGUAUUUCUCCUGUGCUUGUUCGAAUUUUCGCCGAAAAUGAUUCUAUUUUUAAAUGCGCUCAUUUCCUGAGUGCUUCAGACGAAUUGUGACGUCGAAAACUGCGAUGCCGGCCCGGAAAACGGCGGCGAUUCUGGUGAUUGGCGACGAAAUACUCAAAGGGACCACACGCGACACGAACUCGCACUUUUUGUGCAAAAGACUGCACAAAAUGGGUGUGAAUAUCAAAAAGGUGGAGAAAACAGGUACCCAAUUCAAAAAAUCAAAAAAUUCAAUUUUUGCAGAUAUGUGUGGUCGGCGAUGACAUUUCCGAGAUUUCGCGUGAAAUUCAGUCGGCCUCGGGAGCCUACGAUUACGUGAUCACGAGCGGCGGUGUCGGACCGACGCACGACGACAAAACGUAUUUGGGUGGGUGUGGCUUAACUUUCUCACUGAUGGUCUAAUUUUUUUUCCUGAAAUUUCCAGGCCUCGCCCACGCGUUCACCGAUCAAUUGCACUUUUCGGAUGAAAUCCGCGCCGCCGUCAACCGUUUCUUGCCCGUUUAUACGGCGAAAAAGCGGGCGGAGGGUGUGGGCGAAUCACUUGAGGAGGUCGUGCGAAUGGCCACCGAAAAACUAUGCACGGUACGCGCAUUUCCGUGAAAAGGUGCAAAAAAAAAACAGCUGGCAAGUGACUGAAUAUGUGUCCGUUUUUAUCCUUUGUUUGAUUUCAUUUCUGAAUAGUCUCGAUACAGUUUUCAUAGAAACCCGUUCGUUUUUUUCCCGAUGAUUGAUGAAAUGGGCAAAUAGUCUAACAACAAAUCAUAUUGUAAAGUUCUGGAAAAAUCAGAACUCAUUGAUGCGCUAGGAAACGUGAAUUUACCAACUUUACGCCUGCGCGGAAAGAGACGGCAGAGAAAAAGAGGUUUCCGCGCGGAAACCGUUCCGAUUUAGUCGACGUCAUUAGUACACGACUCACUAGAGAUUUCAUCAUUCUUAUAAUUUCGCAGAGCUGGUCAAAAGGCCGGCCCGGGCUUGUGGAAAACCUGGGCUCUUGGCGCACUUGCAAUAAUCUUUUUAGAUUCGAACUUUGUAGGCCUCUUGAACUUGGAUUGAAGUAUGCUGGGACCAGCUUGGUCCGAUCAAGUUUCAAACCGAUCGGACCAUCUGGUAUACUGGUUUGAGACCGAAAAUGUUUGUGCGAAAAGUGCUGUUAUCUUGGCCUCUAACCGGUAUAUCUGAGCUGAUCGAUCUGAAACUUGGACCCAAAAUACUUAAAUACAAGUACAAGAAGCCUGCAAAGUUUUGGUUCGAUCGGAUUAUUGCAAGUGACUCAAAAGCCUGAACCGGCCUUUUGCCCAGACUUGUUCUAAAAUGAAAAAGUGCUGUUCCUUCAAUAGCUUUGCUUUUCAGAUCCCAAAAAUGUCGCAACUAUUGUGGGGAACACAGAAAAUCGACGGAUCGGUGAGCACGUUUCCGGUAGUUCGCGUGCAAAAUGUCGUCGCGCUGCCCGGAGUUCCGCGAUUUUGCGAACGAGCUUUCGAUGAGCUUCAGGUGAAUUUUUUUUUAAAAAGGUAAGACAAAUUACAAUUUUCCAACUUUCAGGACCAACUAUUCCCGCUGGCCGAGCGUCAAUUGAUGUACAUCAAAAAAGUGUUUACCGAUUUGGAUGAAUUUGACUUUUCGAAAAAGUUAACAGAAGUGGCGACCCGCUUCGAGCACCAGAACGUCCAGAUUGGCAGUUAUCCGGAACUGCAGAACAAGUUUGGCGGUGGCCUAACUUUCCCCCUAUUCAAAUUUCUCUUUUAGAUUUUUCAAGACCAAAUUAAUAGUGGAGACGGAAUCGGCGGACCUUCUGGAAACGGUGAUCUCGGCGCUCAACGAGAUGCUCUCCGGCCACCUCGUUUAUUUCGAUUCGCACGCGUGGACGGAGACGUCGUCGAAGUGGAAGGCGUUCAAACAGAGAGAAGCGAUGAAAGACGUGGAGUUCGUACGGAAAUUGGAAGAGGCUGAACGGAUUGUCGAGGAAAUUGUGGCCGAAUAUCCGUUGGACCAGAUUGCGCUCUCUUUCAACGGCGGCAAAGAUUGCACUGUUUUAUUGCACUUGUUGAGGCUCAAAGUCGAUGAGUAAGGGAGUUUUUUCUAGCUAGAGGCCUCUAAUUGAUACAAAAAACAGUUUCAAUCUCUAGAGCCUAUUCAAAACCAUUAUAGGAUGAGGAGAAUAGGAGAGAAAGAGAGAAAAAGAUUUGCACCGGACGGGAUUCGAACCCGCGAGGUCUUUUUGACCACAGGAUCGUAACUUCCUACGCCUUAACCACUCGGCCACCGGUGCUCCACAGGUGAAUCGCGAAAAGUGUGGAAUUAGUUCGCGAUUUAUCCCAGAUUUUUUCUCCAGGUACACGCGAUGAAGCGAAUUGUUGAUUAAUAACUGACAAAUCGCGAACGGGCAUUGUAUAAUUGACAAAUCCUGCGCAAAUCGCCCAUUGUAUUCCAAGCCAAUUUUUCACAAAUCGCACUUUAGACGAGAUAACUUUAUUAAACGAAAAAAGUAACAAAAUAACAGAAUGCAAUGUUAGAGACAAAAGAAGAAGUGAAAGAAAAAAUCGAAAAAAAAAGAAUUGAGUAUAAAAUCACGUAACAGUCGGCGAUUACUUCUGCGACUCCGUCCUCAUGCUGAAUGCGUUCAUCUUUUCUUUCCUUUUCGAAACGCCAUCGUUUUCUUCCCACACACUAUUCGAAGACGAACAUUGACUGAAAUUGAAUGAUUGAUUUUUCUUUGUAUCCUUCUGAAUCUCACCGUCCAACGACCACGUUGUUCGUUUUUUUGCGAGGAAUAGGCCGUCUGACACUGUUCGAACUCUGCGCCCGGCACACUCGAAUCACUUUUUUAAAUCUUGGUCGGCAUUAAUAACUUCCAGUUAUUCUCUUUUUCUAAAUUCGUUCGCAUUAUCUGAAAUCUUUUUUCUGAUGCAAUUGAAUCAAAAAUCCAUUUUCUCACCUGCGGCUGUCUGUUUCUGGAAGUAUUAGUCGUGGCAAUGAACCAUAACGAAUUGAAAUGCGAAACCUGUAUGCUCUACUUUGGUUUAAUUACAUAAAAGCAUGCGGAAUUGCAAUAAAAACCAACGAAAAUAUGAAAAAAUCACAAAUGUUUGAAUGCAAAAGCGAAACUCAGAGUGACCAGCCCGUUCGCCGAUUUGUCGAUUAUGCACCCUCGUUCGCGAACUUGUCAAUAAUUCACUAAUUAUACAUCAAUCGCGAACAAGCGCGAUUUCUUUAUUAUACACUGUGUUGUGCGUCAAUCUGCUUCUCAUCCCGUUCGCGAUUUGUUGAUAAUUUGUCUACAAUUGGCUCAAUUGUAUAAUUGAUCAACCGCGUUUCACCUGUGUCGGGACUGACUUGGGCACUUCCUACUCAUCUCGCAACUGCCUUGGGAUCAUUUACAACCAGUAAGAGUUGUAAAACCACCCCCAGUAAUAGUUGUAAAACUACUUGUAUUUGUAUCUAGAGGUAGCUUUACUACUUUUACUGGUUGUAAAAGGUCCCCAACCAGUUGCGAGAUGAGUAGGAAGUGCCCAAUUCAGUCAAGGCGUAUGAGCUUCAGGGACUCCUAUGGUCGCAAGACCUCACGGGUUCGAAUCCCGUCCGGUGCACAUUUUUUUGCUCUUCUUCAUUCUCCUCUGCCUAGCAUGGUUUGGAAGAUUCUAGAAGAGCUUGGUCCUGUUUUUCGUAGUAAUGGAAGUUCUUUCAAUAUAAUCUAUCCGUAUUUUCCAGAAAAUACGGCCCAGCGACGCCAAUUCAAGGAUUCCACAUUAUGGUCGAAGAUCAGUUUCCAGAAGCAACGCAGUUUAUCAUAGACGCCGCCAAAUUGUCAGUACAUUCACAAUUUCAUAAUUUAUUGUUUCUCUUUGCGUUCUUUUGUCAACUGUUUCAGUUUUUCAAAAAUUUUCACCCAACAUGUUGCGAAACGUUCCAGAAUCUAAUUUUUGCAGUUACAACAUCCAAGUGCUCGAAUUUCCGGGACCACUGAAGACGGGACUGGCGGCGCUGAAAGUCCAACGACCCUCGAUAAUUCCGGUACUGAUGGGAAGCCGGGCGACGGAUCCGAACGGCAAAUAUAUGAAAACGCCGGUGGAAUGGACGGACGCUGACUGGCCGCGAGUGCUCCGAGUGUGUCCGAUACUCAAUUGGACGUACACGGACGUGUGGCACAUGCUCCGCGGACUGUGCAUUCCCUAUUGCACACUUUACGAUCAGGUAUUAUCGUGGUACAAGCCUGCCUUCCAUGCAUUGGAUUGGACGGCAGAUUGUAGGAAAAAUAUGAAACUUCCUCAUCUUGGGCUUUUAUUCCAGAAAAAUAGUUGUAGAAUCAAUUGUUUAUUUUUCAGGGCUAUACCUCGCUGGGCGGACGCGACAAUACGGUCAAACACCCGGCUUUGCGAGUGAUCGGCGCCGACGGAAAAGAGAAAUAUUUGCCGGCGUACAAGUUGAAGGACGACUCGGAAGAACGGUGUAAUAGGUCGAAUUUGUGA